CAUCAAAGAACAUUUUACCUGUCCAAUUCCAGCCACAACAACCUGCGUGUUCCUCCACCGGAAGAAGAGAGGAGAACGAGGAAAACCCCACCACCAGGUUUCCUCCUCUCUCUUCCAAUAUCAUACAUACCUAUUCUUACGUAAAUUUACCCUAAGCUAAAACCUUCAACAAUGAAGAUCCUCCAGAAAGAUUUCGCCCUCAACCAAACCGGAACUGCGAAGCUCAUGGCUGAAGAACCCGACGACGUGUGGGUCCUCUACAACCUCAUCCUCCCCGGCGACGUCGUUUCAGCCGACACCACGCGCAAGGUUCACCACGAUUCCUCCACCAAGAAAAACACAGCAUCACGUGUCAAACUCACCCUCCACCUCAAAGUCACGUGCCGAGACUUCCACAAAGACUCCUCCACCCUCCGCCUCCAAGGCCGCAACCUCCAGCACAACCAACACGUCGCCGCAGGCUCCUUCCACACGCUCUCUCUCGAACCCAACAAACCCUUCCUCCUCCGAAAAAAUCUCUGGCAAAACGACGCCGUCCAAACCCUCAACGACACCACCCGAAAAGAAUGUUCCAAAUCAAAUUCCACUUCCAUUCCCGACCUUGCCGUCGUUCUUUUCCACCCGCACCGCGCUGAGAUCCACCUCGUCGCAGAAGGAGACAACACGCACUGCACCAAGGUCGAAGCCUGUCCCAACUCCAGGAAAAACGGAAAAGUUUCUUCGGCCGUGUUUUUCCGCCGAGUGUUGGCGGCUUUGGUGAAGCGCGUGGAUUUCAAGGUUUUGAGGGGCGUGGUGGUGACGAGCGAGGAGUUUCGUGCGUUUGCGGUGUCGGAAGCGAGGAAGAUGGGGAUACGGUGGAUCGAGGAUAACAAGACGAGCGUGGCGGUCGUGGAGGAUGGUGAUAGUUUGGAGAAAGUUUUGAGUGACCCGGCGGUGACGGCGUUGGUGAAGGACAGCAGGGUUAGGGCGUUUAGGGAGUUGUGGGAGAUGGUGUGCAACGAUUCGGGCCGCGCGUGUUAUGGAGCCGAGGAGGUGGAGCGUGCGAAAGAAAUGAAAGCGAUUGAGACACUUUUGAUUACGGAUGAUCUUUACAGGAACGAGGAAGUUGGUACGAGGCAGAAAUACGAUGGUCUGGUGAAAUCGGUAAAAGACGGUGGAGGAAAGGCUUUGGUGUAUUCGCCGAUGCAUGUUUCGGCGUCGCAACUGUCGCAGCUCACCGGCGUUGCCGCCAUUCUCCGGUUUCCCUUGCCUGAUCUCGAAGUCCAAGAUUGAAAUGGUGUUAAAUAAUUUACUGUUUUAAGAAACAGGGUUGUGUUGUACAGAUUAACUAGUUCUAGUUAAUUUGUUCGUUUAAUUUCGUUAGUUGUUAAUUAACUAGUUAAUUAAUCUCCUGCUGAAGUCAGGGGAAAGCGGAUUGUCGAAGUUACGUGUAAUGAUUUGGGUUUGUGUGGUGUGUAUGUAAUCACGUGUUCUAUUUGUUGUUUACUCUGUGAUCAGAAACUUAGUAAUGCA